AAGGGGGAUCGACCCUGUGACCCCUCACCCGGGCCCUGGGCCUGAGCCCUGGACUUUCUGAAGCCGGCAAUGACCGCGUGCGCCGUCCUAGCGGAUGGGCUUCCCGAGACCCUGCUCUGCGCCCCAGCGCGGAGCGCGGAGUGUCCGCCCGGCCUCACGCGGGUCCUGCCCUGGCGCAGACCUAAGCCGCUCUGGCUCCUGCUCCUACUGCUCUUCCCGCUUCCCUCUGCCCUCGCUAAGGUGUUCAAAGUGGGGGUUCUGGGCCCCUGGGUUUGCGACCCCAUUUUCGCCCGGGCCCGCCCGGACCUGGCCGCCCGUCUGGCCGCUGACCGCUUUAACCAUGACCUUGUACUUCAAGGCGGACCACGCUUCGAGGUCGCGCUGCUACCUGAGCCCUGCCGGACGCCGGGUUCGCUAGGGGCUGUAUCCUCUGCCCUGGCCCGCGUCUCGGGCCUGGUAGGUCCCGUGAACCCUGCAGCCUGCCGGCCAGCCGAACUCUUGGCCCAAGAGGCUGGGGUCGCGCUGGUGCCGUGGGGCUGCCCCGGGACGAGGGCGGCAGGCACCACGACACCGGCAGUGACCCCCGCUGCGGGUGCUCUCUACGUCCUCCUUCGAGCAUUCCGCUGGGCGCGCGUGGCCCUGAUUACCGCCCCCCAGGACCUGUGGGUGGAGGCGGGACGCGCCCUGUCCACAGCAUUAAGGGCCCGGGACCUACCGGUUGCCCUGGUGACCUCCAUGGAACCAUCGGACCUGUCUGGAGCCCGGGAGGCCCUGAGGAGGGUCCAGGAAGGGCCCAGGGUCAGAGCUGUGGUCAUGGUGAUGCACUCGGUGCUGCUGGGCGGCGAGGAGCAGCGCUACCUACUGGAGGCCGCGGAAGAGCUGGGCCUGACAGAUGGCUCCUUGGUCUUCCUUCCUUUCGACACACUCCACUAUGCCUUAUCCCCAGGCAGGGAGGCCUUGGCCGCACUGGCCAACAGCUCCCAGCUUCGCAGGGCCUAUGAUGCCGUGCUCACUCUCACGCGCCACUGUCCUCCAGGAGAGAGCGUGCUGGAGAGCCUGCGCAGGGCCCAAGAGAACCAAGAGCUGCCCCCUGACCUCAAUCUGCAGCAGGUCUCCCCGCUGUUUGGCACCAUCUAUGAUGCUGUCUUUUUAUUGGCCUGGGGCGUGGUGGGAGCACGGACAGCUGCAGGUGGUGGCUGGGUGUCAGGAGCAGCUGUGGCCCGUCACAUCCAGGGUGCUCGAGUCUCUGGUUUCUGCGGGGCUCUGGGAGGAACUGAGGAGCCCUCUUUUGUGCUGCUGGACACGGAUGCGACGGGAGACCGGCUGUUUGCCACACAUGUGUUGGACCCUGCACUGGGCUCUCUGCGCUCCACUGGUACCCCUGUGCAUUUCCCUCGCGGUGGCCAGGCACCCGGACCGGAUCCCUCCUGCUGGUUUGAUCCAGAUAUCAUUUGCAAUGGAGGAGUGGAACCGGACCUAAUCUUUCUUGGCUUCCUCCUGGUGGUAGGGAUGGGACUGACUGGGGCCUUUUUGGCCCAUUAUGUGAGGCACCGGCUCCUUCACAUCCAAAUGGUCUCCGGCCCCAACAAGAUCAUCUUGACUCUGGAUGACAUCACCUUCCUAUAUCCACAUGGGAGCAGCUCUCGAAAGGUGGUCCAGGGGAGUAGAUCAAGUCUGGCUGCCCGCAGUGUGUCAGACAUUCUCAGUGUCCCCAGCCAGCCUACGGACAGCACCAACAUUGGCCUCUAUGAGGGAGACUGGGUUUGGCUGAAGAAAUUCCCAGGGGAUCAUCACAUAGCUAUUCGUCCAGCAACCAAGACAACCUUCUCCAAGCUCCGGGAGCUCCGGCAUGAGAAUGUGACCCUCUACCUAGGGCUUUUCCUGGCGGGGACAGCAGAAAGACCCGCGGCCCCAGGGGAGGGCAUGCUGGCUGUGGUCUCAGAGCACUGUGCACGGGGCUCUCUCCACGACCUCUUAGCCCAGAGAGACAUAAAGUUGGACUGGAUGUUCAAGUCUUCGCUCCUGCUGGAUCUCAUCAAGGGAAUGAGAUAUCUGCACCAUCGCGGCGUGGCUCACGGGCGGCUUAAGUCACGGAAUUGCGUGGUGGACGGGAGGUUUGUGCUCAAGGUCACUGACCACGGCCACGGGCGACUGCUGGAAGCGCAGAAGGUGUUACCCGAGCCUCCCAACGCGGAGGAUCAGCUAUGGACAGCCCCAGAGCUGCUUCGGGACCCCGCCCUGGAGCGCCGAGGAACUCUGACUGGCGACGUCUUCAGCUUGGGCAUCAUCAUGCAGGAGGUCGUGUGCCGCAGCGCCCCCUAUGCCAUGCUGGAGUUAACACCCGAGGAAGUGGUGCAGAGGGUGCAAAGCCCCCCUCCACUGUGCCGGCCCUCGGUGUCCAUGGACCAAGCACCCAUGGAGUGCAUCCAGCUGAUGACACAGUGCUGGGCAGAGCAGCCGGAACUUCGGCCAUCCAUGGACCGCACAUUUGACCUGUUCAAGAGCAUCAACAAGGGCCGGAAGAUGAACAUCAUUGACUCAAUGCUGCGGAUGCUGGAACAAUACUCCAGUAACCUGGAGGACCUGAUCCGGGAGCGCACGGAGGAGCUGGAACUGGAAAAGCAGAAGACAGACCGGCUGCUUACACAGAUGCUGCCUCCGUCUGUGGCUGAGGCCCUGAAGAUGGGGACACCUGUGGAGCCUGAGUACUUUGAAGAAGUGACACUGUACUUCAGUGACAUUGUGGGCUUCACCACCAUCUCAGCCAUGAGUGAGCCCAUUGAGGUGGUGGACUUGCUUAAUGACCUCUACACACUCUUUGAUGCCAUCAUUGGUGCCCACGAUGUCUAUAAGGUGGAGACGAUUGGGGAUGCCUACAUGGUGGCCUCAGGGCUGCCCCAGAGGAAUGGGCAGCGGCAUGCUGCAGAGAUUGCCAACAUGUCGCUGGACAUCCUUAGUGCGGUGGGCUCUUUCAGUAUGCGCCAUAUGCCAGAGGUACCGGUGCGCAUCCGCAUUGGCCUGCAUUCAGGCCCGUGCGUGGCGGGUGUGGUGGGCCUCACCAUGCCGCGGUAUUGCCUGUUUGGGGACACAGUCAACACUGCCUCCCGCAUGGAGUCCACUGGUCUGCCUUACCGCAUCCACGUGAACAUGAGCACCGUGCGGAUUCUUUGUGCUCUGGACCAGGGCUUCCAGAUGGAGAGGCGAGGCCGCACGGAGUUGAAGGGCAAGGGCACUGAGGACACGUACUGGCUGGUGGGCAGACUCGGCUUCAACAAGCCCAUCCCGAAACCGCCCGACCUGCAGCCAGGGGCCAGCAACCACGGCAUCAGCCUGCAGGAGAUUCCCCUGGAGCGGAGACGGAAGCUGGAGAAGGCGAGGCCCGGCCAGUUCUCAGCGAAGUGAGGCCUGGCUUCACCCGGCAGGGGUCUGGGCCCUGUUUCCUGUGCCCAUCUAUGGUGGACCCCAGGCACCACCACCCCCACCUCUGGGGAGGUGAGCUGAGCUGUUCCUUGGAAGGGAUUUGUGACACUGCAUUGUAGGACUGUGUGUUCACUGGGAUUUUUUGAAUCUUGCACCUGGGACACUAGGCCAUGUGUCAUGGUAUUUGCGUCCUGGGAUGGUGGGGGCUGAAAUAAAGAUAUGCAUUCUUC